CUUGGCCGAAGGCAGCGGCGAAAGGUUUCCGCCUUGCACGGCAAUGCUAUUAAAUGGUCUUUAUACCUGGCGCAUCGUAUGCACAUGUCCUCCGCUGGUUGGAUCGUCAACAUGGCUUCAGCAUCGUGCGAGUGUUGCUACUAUUUGAAAAUGGGGUACUGCUGUCAUAUUAUUGGAGCCCGA